AUGGUGUCGAACAAUGCGACGUCGUCGGCCGCGUCCACUGCGGGCAGCAGCGCAGCCGAGCACUCGUCUUCGGCCUCGGCCUCGUCAUACCCCUUCCACCCGUCCUCGGCCUUUGUCGACGGCCUGCCGCUGCCGCGCCUCUUCGUCUUCGACCUCGACUACACGCUCUGGCCAUUCUGGGUGGACACACACGUGACGCCGCCGCUGAAGGUGGCUUCACCGGCGGCGCGCGCAGGUCACGCCCACCCCCGGCCCAACCAACCGGCGCCCGUGAUCGCGGUCGAUCGCAUCGGUGAGACGUUUGGCUUCUACGGCGACGUGCCGGACCUGCUGCAGGCGCUGGCGGCAGCUGGCUUGCGCGUCGGCGUGGCCAGCCGGACGUCGGCACCAGACCUGGCCAGGGACCUGCUGCGGCUGCUCCAGGUGCCGGCACCUCCGGAGACAGCCGGUAGCGGGGGGGUCCGACCUCUGAAGAAAGCACGCGCGGCCGCCAUCGGCUCCAAGACAGCCACCAUCAAGGCCAUCGACGCCUUCGACGCCGGCCUCGAGAUCUACCCCAGCAACAAGCUGCGCCACAUGGAGGCGCUGCAACGCCGCACCGGCAUCGCUUACGAGGACUUCCUCUUCUUUGACGACGAGAGCCGCAACCGCAACGUCGAGACCCUCGGCGUCACCAUGUGGCUCGUCCGUGACGGCGUUACAUGGGAAGAGGUUGAGCGCGGCGUGCGCGAAUGGCGACGGCGCCGCGGUCACGCACCAUCACGCGCUGCCGACAACCAGGCGCAGAUUCAGGAUGCAGCGUGA